AUCUCAGAGUCUGUGUGAAAGGAACAAGUGAGCGAGAGUGACUCUAGGACUUUAUAUCUGCUGCUGCUGCUGCCGCUGCUGCUAUUGCUGCUGCCGGGAGAGACCCAGCCCUGCAGCUCCAGUUCCUCCAGAUAGAUGGACUUUAAAAAACUUGCUGAUGAAGUCUCCCAAGAGGUUUUAGCAUUCAGCCGAGAUACAUCGGGCUGGAAAGUGACUAAAACUUCAAAAAAGAUAACAAUUUCCUGGAAGCCUUCUAGAAAUUACGACGGACCUUUAUACCGGGCAGAAGGAAUAAUACCAGAGACUCCAGCUAAACUCAUUCAGUUUAUGUAUCUUCCUGAAUACAGAAGCAAAUGGGAUAGAUCAUUACAUACAUACAGAAUAUUACAUAGGAUUGAUUCGGAUACAUUUAUAUUACACACCAUCACUAAUAGUUUUGCCAUGGGCUCAAUUGCCCCCAGAGAUUUUGUUGAUUUAGUACACAUCAAGUGCUAUGAAGGGGAUAAAGUGAUUGUCAGUUCUGUUAGUGUGGAAUAUCCACAAUGUCCUCCAACUUCCAGUUAUAUCCGUGGUUAUAACCAUCCUUGUGGCUACGUAUGUUCACCGCUGCCAGAGAACCCUGGCUACUCCAAACUGGUGAUGUAUGUACAACCAGAACUGAGAGGAAAUUUAUCCCGUGCUGUGGUUGAGGCAACAAUGCCCACCAACUUACUGAAUUUGAUCCAUGAUGCAAAAGAUGGAAUAAAGGCACAAAAGGCUCAUUCAGCACACGCAUCCCCAAAAGGCCAUUCAUCAUCACUACAUAAGAAAUGAGUUGGUUCUAUGGCUCCUGAAUCAUGUCCUUUCUUCAAUCCUCUUCUAACAGUCAAUGUGGAAUAUAUACAUGCCAUUAUGCUAUGUUAGUAUUCUCAUGUACAUCUGCAGGGGUUCUUACUAAGAACUGUUAUAUAAGGAACAACAUUAAAUAUAGCUUUUAUCUCAUAAACAAUGUUAACUAUCAAAAGCAUUACUUGUACUUUGCUUUUUUCUGAGAAAUAUUACUGAGUAAGAUUAGAAUCAAGCAAACAAAUGCAGCAGUGAGCGCUCAGCAUAAAUUAAAGCUAAAAGAAUACUUUUUUCAUUCACUUUACUGACUGUUCAAAUUUGAUAAAUGUUAUAUAAGAAGAGCAUAAAUAAUGAAAA